CUCCAGCCUUCCUAACCAUGCCCAAGAGCAAGGGAACGAGAUGACUUCUUAUCGCUGUUCUCGUUGUGAAGAGAAGAACCUUCGUUGUUUCGUGGACACUGCAACUGGCCGUUGCGCUAGUUGUAUUUCUGUGAAAGCUGAGUGUAGCUUGUUUGUUUCCGAGGAAGAGUGGGAGAAAAUUCAGCAAGAGCGUGAGCAAAAGGAGCUUGAGGUUGCUCGAGCUGAGGAGGACGCCGCGCGUCUUCGUUGUGAACUUCUAGAGGUGAAAUCUUGCGAGCGCUUGUUCGCUCGUCGCGAUCUCGCCGCUGAGGGGAGCUUAGCCCCUGGUACGGAUUCUCUGUCAACUGGACCAUCGCUAUUCGGACCCUCGACUGACCUGGGCUGGUUACAGGCUGAUUAUUCUUCUUCUCAUGAUUCUUUGUCCCUUGACUUCUUCCUUUCUUAUGAGAAUCCCAUUCUCGCUUCCGUGGAUGUUUCUGAUGGUACUUACGUACUAGUGACUUACAGUUCGUUAGGUUUCCUUUAGGUUCCUAAGUGUUAUGGCUAUCCGGCCAUUCUUGCCAUUUAACUAAGUACUUCCACUGACUACCGAUUUUCCGCAGGUCCUUAAUUUCUUCGACCUCGUACUCGUCGUCUUCGAGCUCUAU